AUGAGCUUGGUAGACUUGGACCACUUCGAGCAGGCCCGCAUGGCAGAAGGCCAGGUUGUCGAACCUGUCGCACCGAUUGCUGAACAAAGCGAAAACGGAAACGAAGCCACUGAAGCCAGCAACGACGCGGCUCCGUCCGCUCCGCAGCACCCUCCACGACUUCCUCGUCACCUACGAACUCGUGGAGCUGGAGGCGCAACGCAAACCCUUCUUGCGCCCUUCUUCCUCCCAGAAGCCCAUACAUGCGGAACGCUGUUGGACGAGAAGGCGGCGUUCUACAUAUCUCUUGCGCUGAUGGGUGUUCCAUGGAUGGUGGUGACGCCAAGGACAGAAUCGGUCUUUCAAAUUCAAAUCUACAUGAUGCUGAGAGAGCUUUUCGACUACGCCGUCAACGAUACCGCCUGGGCAUCCCCGAUAUCGCCGCCAAUUGCCGCGGUGCUGCCCUGGACAGCGGCUCUCGUUGAGCAGGAUUUCAAUCUGGAGAUACUGCUCGCUGCGAAGGAGCACCAUUUGGAAAAGCUGAACUUCACCCUUGGAAAGCGUAACAAACUUACCACUUCCAUCGAGGAGUACAAGGCGAAACAGGCCGCCGCGCCGGCCGAUAACUGA